CAAUCACUUUCAGUUGUUGGAAAAAAAACUUCAGCUCUGUUUCUUAUAUAUCUUUGGGGAUGGCCAAGUUCUUUUUGUACCAAUUUUCAUGUUUUGCGUUCUUGUUUCUAAAUUCUAGCUAGAUCAUGAAAUUCAAGGCAGUUUUACCUCUUUUCUUCAUCUUCAUCUUCCUCAUUUUUCAUUUUUCAUUUGGUUCUUCAAUUGAAAAACAGAGAGAGGAAGAGCUUGAAGCUUUGCUGCAAUGGAAGUCUAGCCUUCAAAACCAGACUCAAUCUCUCCUUCCUUCAUGGAAACUCCCACUUCCCAAUUCAAACUUAACAAAAACUCCUUGCAAUUGGGUUGGCAUCAGUUGCAACAAUGCUCAAACUGUCAAAGAAAUCAUUCUCACAGACAUUGGUUUGAUUGGUACUCUUGAACACUUCAACUUCUCCUCAUUCCCCAAUCUCCUUACUCUCGAUCUCCACGGUAACCGCCUUUUCGGGACCGUCCCACCUUCCAUCGGCGAGCUUCCUGAGCUGCUGAGGCUCAACCUCAGCAGCAAUGCCUUUGAUGGGAGUAUCCCAGAGGAGUUGGGAGGGCUGGUGAAGCUUACUUUGUUGAGCUUAUCACAAAACCUUCUUUCAGGUUCGAUCCCGACGAGGAUCCGAAACUUGAGGAGGCUUUCAGUUCUGGAUCUUGGCAGAAACCACCUCUCUGGCUCAAUCCCAUCAGAGCUAGGAGAGUUGACAUCUCUCGCUGAGCUCCGGUUGCACUUAAACAACCUGACCGGUUCGAUCCCGGCGUCGUUUGGAGAUCUUUCUGGCCUAGAUGUUUUGUCCCUCUUUGGCAAUCAGUUGUCUGGUGUGCUGCCUAAAGAGAUCAACAAACUUACCAAUUUGACUCAUUUCUUCCUCUCAAACAAUACCAUCUCUGGCCCUUUACCACAAACUUUGUGUCAUGGAGGCUUACUCCAAUGCUUUUGUGCUAGUAACAACAACUUCAGUGGUCCUGUCCCAAAGGGCCUAAAGAAUUGCAAUGCUCUAACUCGGCUUCGACUCGAUCGAAACAAGUUUCAUGGAAACAUAUCCGAAGAUUUCGGCGUAUAUCCCAACUUGGAUUACAUCGAUCUGAGCUACAAUAAUUUCUACGGCGAAGUUUCGCCGAAUUGGGCGAAAUGCCGACUUCUCAAAAGUUUGAAGAUCUCCAACAACCAGAUUGGUGGGAAGAUUCCAACAGAACUUGGAGAUUCAAGUGUCUUGCAUGUUCUUGAUCUGUCUUUCAACAAUCUUUCAGGACAAAUUCCCCAAGAAGUUGGAAAUUUGAAGUCAUUGAUCAACCUGACUUUGAGCAGCAACAAGCUUUCUGGUUCUAUGCCUCUAGAAAUUGGAACGAUUCCUGAUCUUUCAUACAUUGAUCUAGCAGACAACAACCUGAGUGGGCCAAUACCAAAACAAAUAGCUGAUCUCUCAAAACUUUUAUACUUGAACUUGAGGAACAACAACUUUGUAGAAAGCAUCCCUGUUGAGCUUGGCAAUCUAGCCACCCUGCAGUUGCUGUUGGAUCUCAGUCACAACGCGCUCUCCGGCGUCAUUCCCCGGCAACUCGGAAAUCUAAUGAAACUGGAAAUACUAAACCUCUCCCACAAUAAGCUCUCCGGUUCGAUCCCAUCCGCUUUAGAUCGAAUGGAAAGUUUACGGCUUGUCGACUUGUCGUAUAACGACUUGGAAGGUCCAAUUCCUGAGAGCCAGGCCUUCCAAGAGGCAUCAGCAGAGGCAUUUGAGAACAACAAAGGCCUGUGUGGAAACCACACCAGCUUGAAGAAUUGCCCUGUUCUUGUGAAGGAUAAGAAGGCAGCCAUUAGUAUGGUACUUUUGAUUGUUAUUCCUUCUUUUGCAGUGUUGGUCUUGGCAUUAUGCAUAGGCAUUGGAAUUGUGUGUACCAUGAGAAAAGGAAGAAGAAAGAAGCAAUCCAAGGUGGGAGAUUCACACAAUGGAGAUUUGUUUUCAGUUUGGAGUUAUGAUGGAAGAUUGGUAUAUGAAGACAUAAGGGCUGCAACUGAAGACUUUGAUGGGAAGCAUUGUAUUGGGGUUGGAGGACAUGGAAGUGUUUACAAGGCAAAGUUGUCAACAGGCCAAGUUGUGGCAGUGAAGCAGCUGCAUUCUGUUGUUCAUCACACCAAUUUGGAAGAUCAAUCAGCAAUAUCAGAGAGUGAGAUAAGUGCACUGACAAAAAUCCGACAUCGAAACAUCGUUAAACUUUACGGAUUCUGUUUUCACACUCAGCGAUCGCUCUUGGUCUACGAGUACUUGGAAAGAGGAAGCUUGGCUAAGAUUUUGAGCAGCGAAGAGCGAGCAAAAGAAUUGGAUUGGAUGAGAAGGAUCAAUGUUGUUAAAGGGGUUGCCAAUGCUCUGAACUAUUUGCAUCAUGAUUGCGUGCCUCCGAUCAUUCAUCGAGACGUUUCGAGCAACAAUAUACUAUUAGAUACAAACUAUGAAGCUCGCCUUUCCGACUUCGGCAUUGCUAGAUUCGUAAACCUCAGCUCAUCGAAUUGGACUGCAACGGCUGGUACUUAUGGAUACAUAGCUCCAGAUCUUGCAUAUACAAUGAAGGUCACAGAAAAAUGUGAUGUCUAUAGCUUUGGAGUCGUGAUACUUGAAACAAUCGUGGGACAUCAUCCUGGCGAGCUUAUAUAUGCUCUUUCGACCUCAUCGUCGUCAUUGUUGUCAGCGACGAUGCAUUCCGAACCGUUGAACAUAAAAGCAUUGCAGCUAGAAGAUAUCAUAGACAAGCGCUUAUCAGCUCCUACAAGUGAAGUGGGAGAAGAAAUACUCACACUCACUAAAUUGGCACUGGAUUGUGUGAAUGCCAAUCCUCAGUUUAGGCCAACAAUGAAGAAUGUAGCUCAAGAGCUAUCGACUCAUCGACGGGCGCUUCCCGAGCCGUUUUGCAGUAUUACAAUGGGAAGACUUGAGAACUUGGGUGUGCAGCUGCCUGUGCAAGAAAGCAAGAGCCUUUCUGAUUCAUUCAGUUGAGAGGAAUGUAGAAUGAAUGAAUGGAUAAACCAAGCAAGAAAAAGGAGAGUUCACAUUGUUGUGAGCAUCCUUAAAUUGGUUGAUGAGCAAGAAAAAUAGGAAAGAUAUAUUUUUUUCUUCUUUUAUAUUUCUUUGUUUCUUGUUACUUGAAAGAAAUAAAAUAACACAGAAAGAUGUUCUAUCAAGUAUUUCCACUUCAUCGUUCUCACUUUUUACUUAAAAAUAAAAAAGGUUAGGCACAAA